GCUUCAUUGGGAAUACUACAACCAUGGGCUUCCCUCUAUGCCUAUGUCUUCUCUCUUUGAUUUUCACAACUGCUUGUGGUUCAGGUUUUAGUGACGACUCAACGCUUCAUGAAAACUCUUAUAAGGAAAAGUGGAUGGCAUCGAUACCUGAUGACCAUCUCCUUUCAGCUGUUACUAUUCCCGGAACUCAUGAGAGCCUAACUCGGCAUGGUGGACCUCUUAUACAGUGUCAGGCUUGGACCUUGGAGAACCAGCUGAAAGCAGGAUUGCGGUACUUUGAUUUACGUAUAGAGGCCAGUAUUUUCCACAACACCCUUGAUGUCAUGGAUGGGCAUAUAAAACAUACCAAGUUCCAUGACGUGCUAAACAUUCUGUGGGAGUUCUUGGGCAAACAUGACAGUGAGACCGUGCUUUUGAGAGUGACACUGCAAGGGAUGAGUAUCUGGAAUGCUGGAGAAUCUAUCAAGAAUUUGAUUAAGAAAUCCAAAGAUAAAAUAUGGACAAAGACGUUUGUCCCCCACAUGCGAGAUGUGAGAAGGAAGAUCGUCUUUCUGCAGAGUACCAAUUUCAAUGUCGGAACCCUUAACCAUAACACUUUCGUCACUUACGAUGGAUGGUUCAAAGACAUUGAAAACAAGAUGAAAACGAUCACAAAACAUCUGAAAGAAGCUCAAAAGAAUUGUGCUCAUACAAUUACCUUGACUGACACAUCCGCCACAGGCUUUUUCAAAGGCCCUAAAACUGUGGCCAGAGUGGUUAAUGAUCAGCUCAAUAAGCUCUUAGGUAAACUAAAGACAGGAUCUGAUAAACCAAACUGCUUGGGGGUAAUCAGCAUGGACUUCCCCAGUCCGGACCUCAUCCAGAACAUCAUUGAGGUAAAUAGGCAACAAGGAAGAGGUUCAUCUGAACCAGCAGAGCCUGAACCAGCAGAGCAUGACAAACCUGAACCAGCAGAGCCUGAGCCAGUAGAAGAGCCUGAACCAGCAGAGCCUGAAACAGCAGAGCCUGAACCAGCACAGCCUGAGCCAAUAGAAGAGCCUGAACCAGAGCCUGAACCGGCAGAGCCUGAACCAGCAGAGCCUAAGCCAGUAGAAGAGCCUGAACCCGCAGAACUUGAACAAGUAGAGCCUGAACCAGCAGAGCCUGAGCCAGUAGAGCCUGAACCAGCAGAGCCUGAGCCAGUAGAAGAGCCUGAACCAGCAGAGCCUGAACCAGCAGAGCCUGAAGAGCCUGAACCAGCAGAGCCUGAGCCAGUAGCAGAGCAUGAACCAGCAGAGCCUGAACCAGUUGAUUCUGAACCUUCAAGGGAGCCUGAACCAGUAGAGCCUAAACCAGUAGAGCCUGAGCCAGUAGAGCCUGAAGCAGUAGAGCCUGAAGAACCUGAACCAGCAGAGCCUGAGCCAGUCGGAGAUCCUGAACCAGCAGAUCUUGUACCAGUAGAUUCUGAACCUUCAGGAGAGCCUGAACGAGUAGAGCCCGAACCAGCAGAGCCUGAACCAGCAGAGCCUGAACCUGCAGAACCUGAACCAGUACAGCCUGAACCAGCAGAGCCUGAGCCAGCAGAGCCUGUAGCAGUAGAUUCUGAACCUUCAGGAGAGCCUGAACGAGUAGAGCCCGAACCAGCAGAGCCUGAACCAGCAGAGCCUGAACCCGCAGAACCUGAACCAGUACAGCCUGAACCAGCAGAGCCUGAACCAGUACAGCCUGAACCAGCAGAGCCUGAGCCAGCAAAGCCUGAGACACCAGAGCCUGAAUCAGUAGAGCCUGAACCAGCAGAGCCUGUACCAGUAGAGCCUGAACCAUCAGCGCCUGAGCCAGUAGUGCCUGAACCAGCAGCGCCUGAGCAUGCAGAGCCUGAACCUGUAGAGCUCGGACCAGCAGAGCCUGAACCAGCAGAGCAUGAAGAACCUGAACCAGGAGAACCUGAACCAGCAGAGCCUGAAGAGCCUGAACCAACAGAGCCUGAGCCAGUAGAAGAGCAUGAACCAGCAGAGCCUGUACCAGUAGAUUCUGAACCUUCAAGGGAGCCUGAACCAGUAGAGCCUGAACCAGCAGAGCCUGAGCCAGUAGAGCCUGAACCAGCAGAGCCUGAAGAGCCUGAACCAGCAGAGCCUGAGCCAGUAGAAGAGCAUGAACCAGCAGAGCCUGUACCAGUAGAUUCUGAACCUUCAAGGGAGCCUGAAUCAGUAGAGCCUGAACAAGCAGAGCCUGAGCCAGUAGAGCCUGGGGUGCCAGCACCUGAACCAACAGAGCCUGGGGUGCCUGAACCUCCACGGGAGCCUGAAAAACCUAAGGAAAAACCUAGGAAGAAGAAGAAGAAAUGUCAUAAGAUACAUAAGACUAACAUAUAAGUAUUAACAUACAAUUCAGUUAUUGUCCAAUGAAACUCAGACCUGUGCCCAAACCCCCCAAAAAUAUAUACAAUCUUCCAAACAUGUAUUUGUCUAGACUUCCAUUGUGUUCUGAGGCCAUGGUAAGAGGCAGCUAAAUAGAGUGUCGUUGAUGUGUUGUGAGAAGAGAGUUCCACACUUCUAAUACAGUUUGAAACAAUACACAGCAGAGGUGUCAAAGUCAUUCCACAGAGGGCCUAGAGUCUGCAGGUUAGACAACCAGUGGAGGGGAGUUCCUUACUAAUUAUUGACCUUAUUUUAUCAAUUAAGUACAAGGGAGGAGCAAAAACCCGCAGACACUCGGCUGUCCAUGGAAUGAGUUUGACACGUGAUAUACAAUAUAUCUGGUGCUUCUUUAUGUACAUUACAAUUACCGUUGGCUCUCUUCUUCAAUAUUACAUGUACAUUUCACCUCAAUAACAUUUGAAAUAAAGAUUUCUUCAUGUACAUCUUCAUCAACUGAACUGACUAGGCUAGAGCGAGAGCUAGAGUUGCUUGAGUGAGAGCGUGAGAAGCAACCAGUAAAAGCGAGUUCCCCCUCUGCUGGCAGCAACACUGUCAUUCCAAUACACAGUCUGAUGUUUCGAGUACAAUUGCAAUUGCAUGUUUAAUAGAGAAGACAAAUGUUACACUAGCUUGCAGUUGAAAAUGUGAUGGUUACUAGUAAAUUAACACAUCUGCACUUGGGACUCUUUGAUGAUUUGUUCCCCACCCAAAGAAUAUUGCAACUUCUAACUCAUAACUAAACCCACAGUCAGUAACUCCUAGAGGGUUAAAUGUAACAGUACUACUGGAAAUAAAACUAUAAAUUAAUGUUGUCUUCAAGAUGACCAGAUCCUUCCUCUUGAAAUGUAUCUAUUCAAAGAUUUGGGGUUUAUAAUCGCUUUCUGUGUUGAAACAGAAAAUAAGUUUAAAAAAACGUCAUACAGCAGAGUUUCUAAAAGUUUAUCUUGAAAGGUAAGUCAAAAACAAUUAGAUAUUUCCAGCAGACAGACAGAUAUUAUUCAUUGUAAUGCAUACAUUAUCAUCCAUAAGAAAACAGCCGAUGCAAUAAUCAGGUACUGCAUAACUGUAACG